UUUAGAAAUCAAAAGUAAAAAACCCCCCAAUAAAAAAAGUAGCCAUCCGCCAUGCAUUCUUCGCGGUUUGCCGUUUUACUUGUCUUUUUUCUUUGCUAUUGUAGCCUGCAUUAAUUUAUUUAAACACAACCAACGCUUUCAUUUUUUAUUUUUACAUAAGAACAAUGGUUCUAUCGAGGCGCACAACGCCCACCGUGGCCGCAGUGCCGCAGAACGGACUUGACCCGCAAACAAUCGACAGCGAUGCUGGAAUCGUGUCCGAAGCCACGACCCUGUUGGAGCCUGAGGCCGCCGCAAACGGAGGCUCAAAGUACCAGCACGCAUCGCAGGGCAAGCGGCUGCUGAGCUGGGCCGAGCUGCCCGAAUGGAUGAAAGACAACCAGUAUAUUUUCACAGGAUACCGCGCGCCAGCAAACUCUUUUGCCAAGUGCUUCGCGUCUUGGUUCUACUUGCACAACGAGACAGGCAACAUCAUGACACACCUCCUUGGCGCACUGGGUUUUGUCAUUCUGUGCUUCACAGUAGCCAGCGGCCUGCUGCUCGAGUUCCCGACCAUUGACUGGAACGAUAUCACAACAAUGUAUAUAUUUCUUCUGAGCGCCAUUGGAUGCAUGGCCACGUCGGCCAUAUACCACACGGUGACUUGUCAUUCGCACAGUGUCCAGCGGGCGUACAACCGGUGUGACUACGUCGGAAUUGUCUUUCUGAUUGUCGGGUCGUGCGUGCCCGUCUUCUGCUACAUGUUCUACUGCCACCCGAGGCUGAAGAUGUUCUAUCUCGGCCUGAUUUUCUCCCUGGGGCUGCUCACCACAUACAUGGUUGUUGCGCCGAAAUUUGGCACGCCGGCGUACCGCCCCCUGCGCGCCGCAACAUUUGUUGCCCUUGGUGUAUCGGGCGUCGUCCCGGGCGUGCAUUCCUGGUGGCUGUUUGGCUGGGAGUACACACGCAAUGCUGUGCAGGUGCCCUAUAUGCUGGUUAUGGGCCUAAUGUAUAUUGUGGGCGCCACUCUUUACGGCGCUCGGUUCCCUGAGCGCUGGUGGCCGGGCCGCUUCGAUUACCUGCUCCAUUCGCAUCAGAUUUUCCACGUGUUUGUCGUUAUUGCUGCUGCUGUUCACUUUGUUGGCGUCUGUGGGGCUUUGCGCUGGACACAUGCUGUUGGGAUUUCAAUGUGUGACACCUCGCUGCAAUGAAUAAGGAAUACAUGGCCUAUUGUUCCUGCAAUGCCUGAUUCGCCCUCAUCAUGCUUUUUUCUGUGGACCGAGUCGGUCUUGAUCUUGAUCAAUCGAAACAAUAUCCGGUCUUUUGCAUGCUUUUAUUUAUUUUUCAUCCAUCAAACUUCUCAAAAAUUUUUUAAAAAAUUUAAGACAAAAUUAU